GCCUUCGCCAUGAGCACCACUGUCAGGCAAUACUCCUCCUCCACCUCCCUCAAGGGAUUCGGUGGCCUGGGUGGAGGCUCCAGCAGGCUUUCCUCCGUGCGUGUUGGGGGAGCAGGGUACAGAGCCCCCAGCGUCCACGGGGGCUCUAGCAGCUACUCUGUCUCUUCCCGCAUUGUCUCGGGGCUCGGAAGUGGCUAUGGGGGCAGCUACUGCAGCAGCGUAGGAGGGGGCCUCGGCGGUGGCUUUGGGGGUAGCUAUGGGGCUGGCUUUGGGGGUAGCUAUGGGGCUGGCUUUGGAGGUGGCUUUGGAAGUGGCUUUGGAGGUGGCUUUGGAGGUGGCGAUGGCAUCCUCCCGGCUGGAGAAAAGGAGACGAUGCAGAACCUCAACGACCGCCUGGCUGCCUACCUGGACAAAGUGCGUGCCCUGGAGGAGGCCAACACUGACCUGGAGGUCAAGAUCCGGGAAUGGUACAAGAAGCAGGGACCUGGUCCAGACCGUGACUACAGCCCCUACUACAAGACUAUCGAGGAGCUCAGGAACAAGGUCCUGGUGGCCACGGUCGACAAUGCCAACCUCCUCCUGCAGAUUGACAAUGCCAGGCUGACAGCUGAUGACUUCAGGACCAAGUUUGAGACGGAGCAGACUCUGCGCCUGAGCGUGGAGGCCGACAUCAACGGCCUGCGCAGAGUCCUGGAUGAGCUGACCUUGGCCAGAGCUGACCUGGAGAUGCAGAUUGAGAACCUGAAGGAGGAGCUGGCCUACCUCAAGAAGAACCAUGAGGAGGAAAUGAAUGCCCUGCGUGGGCAGGUGGGUG